UGUCAAGCGCUCUUUGUUUUCUUUCCUCUGCACAUUGGUUAACACUUCAUUGCAGAAAAAUAACCAAUAUUCAUAUAUUUUAUACUCAUGGAGCAAAUUGAAUAUAUGUUAAGGUCCUUCAAAUAACUAGUCUCUGCGACAAACGUUUAUCACCUCAUUAGCUAGCCUCUAUAAUUUUUCGAGGGAUAACGUGGAUAUUAAAGUUUUCCUAGCUAACGUUAACGUCGUUUAGCGAGCUAGCUAAGUUCUCAAACACUCUUCAACAUGGACUUGUAUCACGUUUUGGAGAUGAUAGGAGAGGGCUCGUUUGGACGAGUGUAUAAAGGACGUAAAAAGUUCAGUGGCCAAGUCGUGGCACUAAAGUUUAUCCCCAAGGUGGGCCGUUCUGAGAAGGAGCUGCGCAAUCUCAAAAGGGAAAUUGACAUCAUGAGGGGACUUCAACAUCCGAACAUUGUCCUGCUCUUAGACAGCUUUGAGACUGAACGAGAGGUUGUUGUUGUGACAGAGUAUGCAGAGGGAGAGUUGUUCCAGAUCCUUGAAGAUGAUGGGAACUUACCAGAGAGCCAGGUUCGUGAUAUUGCCUGCCAGCUGGUUUCUGCCUUGUAUUAUUUGCAUUCCCAUCGGAUUCUCCACCGUGACAUGAAACCACAGAACAUUCUGCUGGGCAAGGGAGGGGUGGUGAAGCUGUGUGAUUUUGGAUUUGCUAGAGCAAUGAGUGUGUCCACCCUAGUCCUGACCUCCAUCAAGGGGACGCCCCUCUACAUGUCCCCAGAACUGGUAGAGGAGAAGCCCUACGACCACACAGCCGACCUCUGGUCUCUGGGCUGCAUCCUCUAUGAGCUCCACACGGGGGCGCCACCCUUCUACACUAACUCCAUCUUUCAGCUGGUCCAGCUCAUAGUCAGAGACCCGGUCAAGUGGCCGGACACCAUGAGCCAGACCUGCAUGACUUUCCUGAAAGGUUUGUUGACCAAAGACCCACAGAAGAGGUUGUCGUGGCCACACCUCCUAAAACACCCAUUUGUUGCUGAUGGAGUUCUAGUUCUCUCAGACCCCGUUGUGUCCAGCCCGCUGACAGUGGCCCCCAGCCCAGACCUGCAGGUGCUAAAACUCCAGCAGGCAGUGCAGAAAGCAGCGCCACAUGGUGGAGAGGGGAGAUUACUGCGCAAGGCCAGGGAACAGAGGGACAAGAGGAACAGACAGGUGGGAAACGGAAAGACUGAAUCAUCUAGUCAGGCACCUUCAAGGACAGCCCCUGCAGUGAAGCCCCUGUCCAAAGACAGCCUGGUGGCUCCCUCAGAUGGUUUGGAUCAAGAUCUGUCACAAUUAACCGCCAAUCUGAGCCUUACAGCACAACAGUCUGCCAUCGAGAUUUCCACUAACAGGGGUUUCCCCCGUGUCCCCAGCAGGGGUCAGAUCAGCCGGGACUACGAACAGGAGUUCCCCUCUGUGGAGGUUGGGCCCCGACAGGCCCUGAGGCGACCUGAGACUCCGGAGCGGGGUCAGGCCAGGGCCAGCCUGGGUGCUGUGAGGCUCCACAGCCAGGAUGUUGACAGUGAUGAGGAGUGGGAGAGGUUGAUCCAGCAGACCUCCGUUUCCAGCGGCCAAACCAUUCAAAUCAUAUCUCGAUUGAAAGAGAAGUUGCUGACAUCCAAAACCCUGCUAUUGGAUGGUAUCCUGGAGGGGGCAUGUCAGAUCCGUCAGCCACUGAAGGUCCUGUCCAACCUGAUCUUGACCUCUGACUCCGAGGACUCCCAUCGACUUAGACAGGAAGUUGGACUACCUCAUUUCCUGUUCAACCUAGUCCAGGAUAUUGUGGAGAAUCCAGUGGUCGUUAAGCAACCAUGGAGUGUGACAGUACUGGGGGAAGUGAUUGUUCUACUCUUGAACUAUUGGGAGAAGCACCGUGACUGGCAACAAGCAGAGAACAAACUGGAAGAUUACGCCAUGCCCUUUUUCAAGAUUCUGCUUCGGCCUGACCCUAACCCAUUGGCACCUCUGGCUGCAGCCAUUCUGGCCAUAUUCAGCCAGUGUGGAGUCUCUGUGGUUGUUAGCAUGGACAGGAUCACUGCCCAGCUCAACAAGCUUCUCUCAGACUCCGACGAGCCACGCGUCCCGUUACCAUCAGGCUGGGGGUUCUGUGAUGGCUUCUUGUCAUUGGUUCUCCACACCCUAACUGAGCAUGAAAGUCCUCCACACUCUGCUUCUUUGGAUCCAAGCAUUCUGCGCCUCCUGUGGGUGAAAGUUGGUACUUCACUGGAGAAAACAGCCAGAACAAAGUUCUGCUCCUCAAACGGACUGUAUGUGUUCCUGUCCCUCGCCCUUUUUGUCCUUACCAGGGACCCGUACUGCUGUGUUCCCUUGUUCUCAGACAGCGACACAAACUGCAUACUCACCCUGGGCCACCUGCUCACCACUGAUUGGCCGUCUGACGAGACUCACGGCCAGCUUUGGGGUGGUGACUCCAGUGUGAACAGCCUAUCAGUGUUGAGCUGCCACCUGCUGUGUUUCCCCUUUGCCCUGGACCUGUCCUCAGAGACCAUGGACAGACUACUCCAGCUGUACCACAGCGCUGGCAUUGUCACUGGCCUGCUGCAGGUUAUCCAGUCCGUUCCUCCGUCUCUCCUGGAAGUGCCUCUCUCUCUGCUGUGUCGCCUGCUGCUGUGUGACCCCGGCCGCUCUGUCCCCUGCUUCACAGCAGCCGCCAGGGCCCAAGGCUUCUUCUCUCCACCCAGCAGUGACCCCAAGGAGGAUAGAAGAGACCAGGCACCAGCCUCCAGGGUCAGGGACCAGGCUGGGCACCCAGUGUCUGUAUCUAGGACUGCCAGCUCCCUUCUCUCUGACCUGCUAAAGCCUGAUAGUGAAGCCCUGUGGGGGUCGGCCGUGGAACUCUUCACCCUACUAUCCCAGGCUGCCCGCUGUUCCCCUAGGUCCCGACCCUCCACCCCUCAUCUCCACCUGGAGCCUGCUCCCCUGCACCAGGCCCUGGCUCACCCCGACGACAGGGUCAGAGCUGCUGCCUGUAGCCUGCUAGGUAACCUGGACCCGUUUACACCUCAUACUCCUCCCUCCACCAGUGACCCACAAUGGACCCGGCUGCAACCCGCCAUCCUCAGAGACAUAAUUGGCUGUCUCCACGACCCCUCCGCAUCCGUACGGAGGAUGGCCUGCAAGGCCGUGGGCAAUUGGCUGGGGCUCAUCGGAAAGGCAGAGUUUAGAACACGGAGAGCCAAUGGGAGAGAGAACAGUAGUGCCCUUAUUACAGCCCGGGAAAGGAAGAAGGGCAAGCCAGACAAGACUGUGUCCUCCCAGUUCCUGGUAGGAGACGGAGGAGACUCAUCCACAACACUCAAACAGCAAGUAGCAGACCAAGAGGAUGGAAGUGGAUGGGUGGAGGAAGCCAAUUGGGCAACAACUGAGCUACUCUCCCUCAUGGCGGACCCUGAUGCCCUGACGCGCCGCCACUGCUGCGCUGCCCUGGGCAACAUGGCUGCUGUGGAAGGGGGUGUGGCCUCACUGCUGGAGGGAGAUGUGCCCCUUCUCCUCCUACAGGCCGCCUGUACCGACUCCCAGCAUGCAGUCCAACGAGCGGCUGUCGCUACCCUGAGCUUAUACAGCCAACAGGACGCACUACGACAGGCUCUGCUGUCCCUUGAUGCACGUGAGAAACUUCGUCAGGCUUCACAGUAUGUCGCACCUCCACAGUGUGACUACAGUCAGAUCAUCAAGCUGCUAUGAAGGCCAACGCAGCGAGUGAGAGAAAUAGUGUGUGUCUAUUUGGUAAGAUCAGACUUGUGGUUCAGCCCGUUUGCCUUUGCCUUAAUACUGGGAUUCAAUGUAUAAGCUGGAUGCCGGCUGUUAUAUCCCCUACCCAUAACUCAUCUGUGCGGCGCGCUGGUUGAUAAAAUUAUUGCCAUCAAUAUUUUAUGUCUUUGUUUUAGAAGAUAAAAGUACAUUUCAUUACAUUGAGGGAUUGUCAUUUGGGAUAACUUGUUAACAUGUUUUAUUCUCUUGAAUUGAAAGGCGCAUAAUUGAUUUGUUUAGUUUGGGCAAUAUGGUCUGGACUCGUAAGUCAAGUUUUUUGAGUGUAAUGUAAUUUGUAAUGCUUUGAAUUUGAAUAAAGUAUGUAGUGUAAGCCUAUCAUAAAUGUAUAGAUUUUGUUUUAACUAUGUAAAAAGGUAGUUUUCAAGUCAUUCUUGACGAAGACUUUUGAUUUGUUAUGCACUGGUAUUAAUGAACCCUCUUGUGCCAUUCUAAUGACAAGGGCUAUAUUUGUGAUAGUUUGUUUAACCUGCUUUUGAGACAAUCUUAAUAAUUAGAUGAAAAUGACACUAUCAAUGCAUUCAUUCAAAUCAUAAUUUAACAAAGUAUAAUAACUCAAUUGUAAAACAAACAAAAAAAUACAGGUGGCCAAGUGAGCAAGUUUUCAGAACAAAUAAUAUUCUAAAAAUCGGUUUAUUUUGAUUGUAUUAUUAAGAUGUUGUCAACUUUUAAAUUAGCCCUUUUUAUGAGACGGAAUAUCAUUCAGGUAUGAAUAUAAAGGGAGUUAGAACAUUGGCAUUGCACAUGUUGGUUGUACAACUUUCUUGCCAAAGUGCAGUUUGCGGCAAUUCGCAGGAAGAGAGAGAUCAUGUUGCGGAUUUCCUUGUGGCACAAAUAGUUUUGUAUGAUCCAAUUGGAUUUUAGAUGGGCAUCAGGUCUCUUGUGAAAAUGUCUCAAAUUAGUAUUUGUCAAAGUAAAUGUUUUCUCCCCCGGAGUACAUAAAUCAAUAUAUUUGAGUGUGAUGCAUCCCCCUUAAAACAUCAAUUUUGAGGAGAUAAAAUAUAUAUAAAAUACUGUUGAAGAUUAUAUGCUUGAUAACAUUUGGUCCUAGGCUGUGUGAUAUAAUGUGACUGAUAGAGUCGAAACACACCUUCAAUGAUAAUUGCAUAUGUGUUGUUGA